AUGGACUGGAUUGGCCAUUGUGAAAAGGAUCUCUCUGCUCUUUCUGCUUCAACCGAUGGUCUCUCCAUUCAAGAAAAACUCAGGACUCUUAAUGUUAUUGUAAAUGGUAUGGAUGAAACUGUGUACAAAGUCAACAAAGUGAGUGAGUAUGCAGAAAAAAUCCAACCUGCCACUUCACCGUCUGGAUACAAAUUGGUUGAAGAGAACAUUUUUGAAAUGUCUUCAAGAUGGAAGCAACUGAACCAAUCUGUAACAGAUUGUGCCUUCAGUCUGCAGAACAGCCAACAAAAAUGGCAAGACUAUGAAAGUACAAAGGAAGCUUUGGAAGCCUGGCUUUCUGAACUGGAAAAUCUAUUAUCCAUCAACCCUGAAGUUUAUGGUCAACUGUCAGAGAAAAAAGCACAGCUGGAUAAAUACAAAGUAUUUCUCAGUGAUAUCAACUCUCGAGAGAAACCAGUUAAAGACCUUGGUCGGAGUCUGUCUCAACUUGACAUUGUCAGUGCUGACAAUGGCAUGGCAGAAGGUUCCUACAAUGAAAUAAAGUCACGUUAUGAAAUCAUAAAGACAAGGUGCCAGAAAAUCAUAGACUUCUUGGAGAAAGACCUCUCCUCUUUGCCUCCCUCCAUGUGGCCUCUCCCUCUCUCAUCCUCACUUACCAUCUUGUGUUUUCUCCACCCUCUUCUUCACCUCCCACCUUGUGACCUCUUCCUCAUUUUUUCCACUCAAUGGAAUUUCCCCCUUUUCACCUCCCCCCCCACUCUCCUUCUCCUCACCUUCCACCAUGUUGCUUUUCCUCCUCCUCAUUGCCUUCCACCUUGUGACCUCUCUACCUCCUCCACUUUGUGGUCUCUCUACCUCCUCCACUUUGUGGCCUCUCCACCUCCUCCUUACUUUUUGCCUCAUGGUUUCUGUUCCUCCUCUUCAUCUUUCACUACAUGGUCUCUCCUCCCUUUUCCUCACCUACCACCUCAUGAACUUUUCCUCACCUACCACCUCAUGACCUUUUCCUCCCACCUCCUUAUCUUACACUUCAUACCCUCUCCUCCUCACCUUCCUCAUCACCUCCCCCCAUGGCCUCUCUCCCUUGCCUUUUUACUCCUGACCCCUCUUCUUUGCUUUCUUACUUGUGGCCUCUCCCUAUUCUCCUCCUCCUACUUCCUCAUGACCUCUCCUUUACCACACUGCCUCACUUAA